AUGACCACGACCACCAACAUCACAACCAUUAACAACACCACGACCAACAACAUCACAACCAUUAACAACACCACGACAACCAACAUCACAACCAUUAACAACACCACGACCACGUACAUCACAACCAUUAACAACACCACGACCAUCAACAUCACAACCAUUAACAACACCACGACCACCGACAUCACAACCAUAAACAACACCACGACCACCGACAUCACAACCAUUAACAACACCAUGACCACCAACAUCAGAACCAUUAACAACACCAUGACCACCGACAUCACAACCAUAAACAACACCACGACCAACAACAUCACAACCAUUAACAACACCACGACAACCAACAUCACAACAGUUAACAACACCACGACCACCAACAUCACAACCAUUAACAACACCACGACCACCGACAUCACAACCAUUAACAACACCACGACCACCUACAUCACAACCAUUAACAACACCACGACCAACAACAUCACAACCAUUAACAACACCACGACAACCAACAUCACAACCAUUAACAACACCACGACAACCAACAUCACAACCAUUAACAACACCACGACCAUCAACAUCACAACCAUUAACAACACCACGACCACCGACAUCACAACCAUAAACAACACCACGACCACCGACAUCACAACCAUUAACAACACCAUGACCACCAACAUCAGAACCAUUAACAACACCAUGACCACCGACAUCACAACCAUAAACAACACCACGACCAACAACAUCACAACCAUUAACAACACCACGACAACCAACAUCACAACCAUUAACAACACCACGACCACCAACAUCACAACCAUUAACAACACCACGACCACCGACAUCACAACCAUUAACAACACCACGACCACCUACAUCACAACCAUUAACAACACCACGACCACCAACAUAACAACCAUUAACAACACCACGACUACUUACAUCACAAUCAUUAACAACACAACGACAACCAACAUCACAACAGUUAACAACACCACGACCACCAACAUCACAACCAUUAACAACACCACGACCACCGACAUCACAACCAUUAACAACACCACGACCACCUACAUCACAACCAUUAACAACACCACGACCACCAACAUAACAACCAUUAACAACACCACGACUACUUACAUCACAAUCAUUAACAACACAACGACAACCAACAUCACAACCAUUAACAACACCACGACAACCAACAUCACAACCAUUAACAACACCACGACCACCGACAUCACAACCAUUAACAACACCACGACCACUUACAUCAGAACCAUUAAUAACAUAACGACAACCAACAUCACAACCAUUAACAACACCACGACCACCGACAUCACAACCAUUAAUAACACCACGACCACUUACAUCAGAACCAUUAAUAACACAACGACAACCAACAUCACAACCAUUAACAACACCACGACCACCGACAUCAGAACCAUUAACAACACCACGACCGCUUACAUCAGAACCAUUAAUAACACAACAACAACCAACAUCACAACCAUUAACAACACCACGACCACCGACAUCACAACCAAUAACAACACCACGACCACUUACAUCAGAACCAUUAAUAACACAACGACAACCAACAUCACAACCAUUAACAACACCACGACCACCGACAUCACAACAAUUAACAACACCACUACCACUUACCUGACAACCAUUUACAACACCACGACCACCGACAUCACAACCAUUAACAAUACCACGACCACCUCCAUCACUACCAUUAACAACACCACGACCACUUACAUCACAACCAUUAACAACACCACGACCACCAACAUCACAACCUUUAACAACACCACGACCACCGACAUCACAACCAUUAACAACACCACGACCACCGACAUCACAACCAUUAACAACACCACGACCACCUACAUCACAACCAUUAACAACACCACGACCACCAACAUAACAACCAUUAACAACACCACGACUACUUACAUCACAAUCAUUAACAACACCACGACAACCAACAUCACAACCAUUAACAACAACACGACCACCGACAUCACAACCAUUAACAACACCACGACCACUUACAUCAGAACCAUUAAUAACACAACGACAACCAAUAUCACAACCAUUAACAACACCACGACCACCGACAUCACAACCAUUAAUAACACCACGACCACUUACAUCAGAACCAUUAAAAACACAACGACAACCAACAUCACAACCAUUAACAACACCACGACCACCGACAUCACAACCAUUAACAACACCAGUACCACUUACCUGACAACCAUUUACAACACUACAACACCACUAACAACAUAUAAAAACCAACAAUACUACCAUUAUAAUCACUACAACCAUAAACACCACCUAAACACCACCUCAUCAAUUCGAAUCUGA